UUUUGUCUGCACGGGACAAGAUGGCGACCCGCUAGUGGUAAAGUUUCACAGAAAAUACACUCUUAAAAAUGUGUUUUACUGUCAUCUAAAGUUUGAUAUUAUAUGAGCAGAGCUAUAUUUGAACUAUCAAGAUGGCUAUGAGGGAAAAUAAGGAUGUGGCCAGCUACUACACUACAAAGCACUCAUGGAGAGGAAAAUACAAGAGGGUAUUUUCAGUUGGAUCCCAUGGGGUCACAACAUACAAUCCAAGCACCAUGGAGGUCACUAAUCAGUGGGCAUACAGUGAUUUCUAUGGGAUUGCGCCGAACACGAAAGCUCAACUGAACAACGAAUUCACCAUCACCAUCAAGAAAGGGGGUAAGAAAGGAGAAACAAUGAGGUUCUCCACGGAACACAGGGCAGACAUCAUCACAGAAGCUCUGAAAUUCAGAUCACAGUUUGGAGGUGGCAAGCAGGGAGUAGAACAAAGGUACAAUGCAUACAAGCACCACUGGAGUGACGCCAGAAGGUCUGUUGUUCUUGAGGUGACUCCAUGUUCCAUAGACCAGAAGGAUCCUACGUCGGGAAGAGUCAUCUGCUCCUACUACUACAAGGACAUUGAGGGAUUCACACAGGUGACGGGGUAUCCAGGUGGCUUUGCCAUUGCCCACGGGGGCUUCAGCAGAUUGCACCUCUUUGCCACAGAGCAGAAAGACCAGCUGAUCAAGCAAUCUACCGAAUUUGCUGCCAAUUACACAGGAGUCAUCCUGAGAAUACGCAAAGAGCCCAUUUCACUCGAGCAGUUCACCAACAACAGACUCGGCAAAUACAAUGGGGAUGAGGCGCUGACAUCACUAGCCGAGUUUGGGGUUCAGAAGUGGACACCACGACACAACGAGCCACAGAGAAGAGUGCUGUGUCUGACAGAGACGUGUAUAGUAGAGAGAGAUCCUGGUAGCUAUAGUGUUAUCACAGUCAAACCUCUAUGUGAUAUAUUUGCAAUAAUCCGUAGCCAAGACAACCCACAGAUGUUCUUUCUAGAGUAUGUCAAAGGUCAAGUUAGAAAAUACACAUCGACAGAUAGAGAUAAUUUAAUAGCUGGAGUUCUAGAUGGCGUCAGAGCGAGUGGCAACAGGGAUGUAUGCGUGAAGAUGACCUUCACAGAUAGAGGUCAAAGGCAGCAGCCCUUGUACGUGCCGGUCGACGAAGACGUCGAGAGCCACCAUUUACGCUUCUUAGCAGUGCCAUACAACAACAACUUUGAUGAAGCAGUUAUGAGGUUCAACAACAACAUCUCAUACAGCGGUCUUUUACAUGCUGUAACUCAAGACGGUUUCUUUGCUGAGAACAAAGAAAAACUCAUCAAUGGUGCUUUGAUGGCUCUUCUGGCCCAUGAAGGUGACCCUAUGACAAUGCAAGCAGAGAUCCUUGAAAGUCAUAUUCAGGCCCUGAGGAGAUUGGUUGCAUCCAAGGCCGGCUUUGGGGCAUUCACCAAAUUACCAAAGUUCCGUGAGAGAGUGGGCAUCCGUGUAGUGAAGGCCUUGAAGAGGCAGGACGAUGGUGUAACACAUGCAGCAAUAGACAUGCUCUGUGCCCUCAUGCAGCCCAUGCAUGAUGACUAUGAGCUAAGAACAGAACAGCUCAACAAAUCCUCUCUGCUUUCAUCCAAGUCUUUCCUUGAGAGUCUCCUAGACCUGUUCGCCCAACAUGUGCUACGAGGCACAGGGGCACUGGUGAUAGUCUCACUCCUAGACUUUCUGACGUUUGGUCUGUGUGCGCCGUACAGUGAGACGACAGAUGGAACGCUAUUUGAUCAGCUCUUGGAGCUGGUAGCCAAGCAAGGCCGUGUCCUCUAUAGACUAUUCCAGCAUCCAUCGAUGACAGUGGUAAAAGGUGCAGGACUUGUGAUGAAAGCCAUCAUUGAGGAGGGCGAUGCAGAGAUCGCUGCCAAGAUGCAGGAGCUCGCGUUGGCAGAGGGAGCCCUACCCAAGCAUCUCCACGUUGCUAUGUUCACGGGGAGCACGGACACCCGCAUGCUGACCAACAGACAGCUGAGCAGGCAUCUGGUAGGUCUCUGGAUCACGGGUAACCCAACGGCUAUGGCACUACUCAAGAGAAUCAUGCCUGCUGGUCUCCUGUUAGCCCUGGACUCUGAAGACAAGGUCCCUGAGAAGGAACGGGACAUGAUCAACAUCAGGGACAACCUCAAGAUGGCCCUGGACCAGUCAGGGCAGUCCAAGUCCAACCUUCAGUGGCACCAGAUUGAGAAUGUCCUGCUCCACUGGAGGCAGCGCAUUGGCCUGCAGAACAAGAAGCAAACAACAAAGCAAGAUCCAAAUAUGAAACCCAUCGUACUGAGGAAGAGGAGGCAGAGGAUAAAGAGUGAAGCAAACUGGCAACUCUUCUAUUACCAGUUCGGCAGAGAUCAUGCUCAACCCAAUCUCAUAUGGAAUUAUAAGACAAGGGAAGAGCUAAGACAGUCUCUUGAAAACGAGAUGCGAGCGUUCAGCGUGGACAAGGAGCUUGGGGCUAGUCACAUGAUCUCCUGGAACCACAAUGAGUUUGAGGUGCACUACGUCUGCCUCUCAGAGGAGAUCAAGAUAGGAGACUACUACCUACGACUCCUGCUGGAAGCCGACGAGAGCGACGAGGAGAUCACAGCAAUCAAGGAAUCGUACGAGUUCUUCAAUGAUCUAUACCACCGGUUUCUUCUCACAACCAAGAUCCCCAUGAAGUGCAUGUGUUUACAGGCCAUGGCCAUCGUUUAUGGCAAAUGUUAUGAGGACAUCGGAGCUUUCAACGACACCAAAUAUAUUGUGCAGAUGCUGGAUAGGAGUACAGAUAAGCAAGAGAGGGAUCGCAUCAUUCUUUUCCUCAACCGUCUCUUGAACAACAUUCGCAACGUCAGACUUCUCCUCGAUGCAGGAGGCAUCAAGGUUCUAGUUGACCUCUUGACCUUAGCUCAUUUGCAUGUCUCCAGGGCAACCGUACCAACACAGACCAACGUGAUUGAGGCAUCGCCAGAUUCUAUGGUUGCGCAAGAGAAGGAGUGGUACUACGGCAAUGGCCCAAGGGAGAGGUUAGGACCCUACAGCUUCAGCGAGAUGAAGGACUUGUGGGAUGACGGCUCCCUGAAUGCCAAGACGAGGUGCUGGGCCCAGGGACUGGAGGGUUGGAAACCACUCCACACCAUCCCUCAACUCAAGUGGUGCCUCCUAGCAACGGGAACUCCCGUCAUGAACGAGAGCGAUCUAGCCACGCUGAUUCUCAACAUGCUCAUAAAGAUCUGUGACUACUUCCCAAGCAGGGAUGUAGAUGGUGCAAUUAUCAGGCCUCUGCCAAAGCCAAAGAGACUUCUAUCAGAAGCAGUUAACUUGCCACACAUCGUUCAGCUUCUCUUGACCUUUGACCCGAUCCUGGUCGAGAAGGUCUCCGUCCUGCUCUUCAACAUCAUCCAAGACAACCCUCAACUCCCUCGUUUGUACCUGAGCGGCGUCUUCUUCUUCAUCAUGAUGUACACAGGAGCAAAUGUUCUUCCACUUGCAUGGUUCCUGAAGUACGCACACAUGAGACAAGCCUUCAGAGCUGAAGACAACAAAGGUUCAGAUAUCAUCCAGUGUAGUAUCUUGGGACACAUCCUCCCAGAAGCGAUGGUACACUUCCUAGAGAACCACAGCGCUGAGAAGUUUGCUGAGACAUACCUAGGAGAGUUUGAUACACCAGAGGCCAUCUGGAGCAAUGAAAUGAGGCGGAUGAUGAUAGAGAAGCUUGCAGCUCAUAUAGCAGACUUCUCCCCCAGGCUACGCAGCAACAACCGCUCCCUCUACCAGUACUGUCCUAUCCCCGUCGUCAACUACCCACAACUCGAGAAGGAACUCUUUGUCAAUAUCUACUAUCUCAAACAUCUCUGUGACACCACCAAGUUCCCUGACUGGCCGAUCAGUGAACCAGUGAAGCUAUUGAAGGACAUCUUGGAGGAAUGGAAGAAGGAGGUUGAGAAGAAACCACCAUCCAUGUCGGUGGAUGAAGCCUAUGAGACUCUCAAACUAUCCACAGGAACCGGAGGACAUGAGGAGAGCGACAUCAGGAAAGCCUACUUCAGAUUAGCUCAGAAAUACCAUCCUGACAAGAACCCUGAAGGGAGGGACAUGUUUGAGCAAGUGAACAAGGCGUAUGAAUUCCUGUGCAGCAAGUCAUCCCGUCUGACAGAAGGACCCAACCCAGACAACAUCGUCCUCAUCCUACGCGCUCAGAGCAUUCUCUUUGAGAGAUACAGGGAAGUGCUGGAGCCAUACAAGUAUGCAGGCUACCCCAUGUUGAUCAAGACGAUACAGAUGGAGACCAACGACGAUAGUCUCUUCUCCAAGGCGGCUCCGCUCCUGGUUGCAGCCAGCGAACUGGCCUUCUAUACUGUGAACUGCUCGGCUCUGAAUGCAGAGGAGCUCCGCAGGGAGCAAGGCAUUGAGACAUUACAAGAUGCUCUGACCCGAUGUGCGGCUGUUCUCAGUGCGUCCAGUAAGGCAGAUGACAUGGCUGUGAUGGUGUGUCAAAACGUGAUCAAGUGUUACGCCGUUGCUGCCCAGUUUGAGGGAUGUAGAGAUCGCAUCACCGAGAUACCAGCCAUUAUCAAGGAUGUAUGCAGGGCUCUCUUCUACAAGAACCUGCCCAUCCUGUGCUCCGUGGUGGCCGAGUGUGUGAGUGCCUUCUCCGUAGACAAGUAUCUACAGGAUCAUCUCCAGCAGGCCGGAGUCAUCUGGCAUCUCCUCGUCUAUCUCUUCCAGUAUGACUUCACCCUCUUUGAGAGUGGGGUGGAGACAAGUGAAGGCACUAAUCUUCAGCAAGUGUCCAACACAUUAGCCAGUCUGUGCUUCACAGCUUUAGCCAGGCUAGCUGGUUACCAGGAAGGAGACAAAGCUACCCCACUCAAUCCAGCCAUCCGUAAAUCACUCAGCGCCUUACUCACACCGUACCUUGCAAACCAACUCGGAACAGAAAACCCCAACCAGGUGCUGAAAAUCUUGAACAGUAACACAGAGAACCCUUACCUGCUUUGGGAUAACUCCACCAGGAUGGAGCUGGUCGAGUUUGUCAAGGAACAACAACAGAGCAAGAUCAGGACCGGAGACUGUGAUCCUCUGUUUGGAGCUGACUUCACCUUCAGUGCUCAUGCCAAAGAACUCAUCGUUGGAGAUAUCUUCGUCCGCAUCUUCAAUGAUAUGCCAACAUUCCCACUUCAGAAUGCCAUAGGGUUCACCAACAGCCUGCUGGACUUCCUGGGUUCCCAAGCCCAGUACCUCCACUCCCUGAUGGCCCUCACGUCCAAGGAGGUGGACACCAGUCAGUCCAGCCAGCAGGCAGAGCGUCUCAAGAACUGUGAGAUGGCUCUGGACGCCCUGGCCAAGGUCAUCUUGAAUAACUCGGGCACCGAGAUUCAAUGCAACGGUCACUACAAGCUGCUCUUCUCGCUGCUCAGGCUGACCGGUGCCACGCAGCUACAGCUUCUUGCUCUGGAGGUGAUCCGUAAUGUGACUGGUAAUCAGGAUUGUGUGACCAAUAUAGGAGACUCAGGGGUUGCUGGAUACCUCCUUCUCACCUUACACUCAUUACCAUCAGGUUGUUUGUCAGUACUGGAGACACUCUUCGCCUUGGUUUCUCAUACAAAGAUUGUGAAAGAAAUUGUGUCCAAGGGUGGUCUGAUCUAUCUCCUUGACCUCUUCUGCAACUCCAUCAACCCCACCGUCAGAGAGAAGACGGCCGAGCUCCUGGCCAAGAUGCAGUCCGACAAGCUGGUCGGUCCCCGCAUCCGCAUCCUCUGCUGCAAGUUCCUCCCGACGGCUUUCAUGGAUGCCAUGAGGGACUCUGCAGAGGCCAGCGUCGUCAUGUUUGAGAGUGUGCAAGAGAAUCCAGAGUUGAUUUGGAAUGAGGAAUCGAGAGAGAAGAUCUCAAACCUUAUUGUCAAGAUGAAGAACAGGCAUUACAAAGAGCAGAAGGACAAUCCAGAUGUCACGUGGAAGCUACCGGAAGACUUCUCCAUCUCAAGCCAGAUCACUGAUGAGGUUGUCAUCGGCGGUGUCUUCCUUCGUCUCUUCAUUGCUCAACCAUCUUGGGUUCUCAGGAAACCCAAGGAAUUCCUGGUGGAACUCCUGGAGAAGUUCACCGAGUUGGUCGGCAUGGCCAGCCCCAAAAGCGAUACUUUGGAGAUGGUGACGACUGGUGUAGUGUGUUUCUUCACCGCCCAGCCUGUCAUGGCAGAUCAGAUGCCUCAGCUCGGUCAUCUGCCCGUCAUCACUAAAUGUCUCAAGAGUAAGAAUGAGGCCAUUCCAAAGAGUGGUCUGAUGGUGCUUCACAGCAUAUCAAACAGCGAUAACUGCGUGCGUAGCCUUGCUCAGAUCGACUGUGUAGGCCCCAUCCUGGCAGCCAUGAAGCUUAGAACAGAUACCACUGCCCUGGCCUGUGAACUGCUGCAUAAGAUGUUCCAGAAGAAUCAUCCUGAACUCGUGGAACAGGCAUUGAGCUGUGGUCUGGUACCGUACCUACUGAGCCUUCUGGAAGACAACCUGAACCACAUAGAGAAUGCUGCAGCUACCAAGGCCCAGAUCGUCAAGUCUCUCAAGUCAAUGGCCCUGAGCUUGGAACAUGGAGAGAGGGUGAACACACUACUGGAGAAGUCAUCAGUCUGGGCUACAUACAAGGAACAAAGGCAUGAUCUGUUCUUGAGUGACAGCCAAGUAUCUGGCUACCUAACAGGUCCGGGUGUGGCGGGUUACCUGACACAAGGAACAACAUCCACUGUUUCAACCGCCCCACCCCCCGUCGAUACCACCCAUGACAACCAGGUAAAGUAGGAUACCGGUAUCAAAGGGGCACAGACGGAUCAGGGCGUGGUCUAGAGGGUGAGAGAUGAAGUGGUGUUGGUCAUGUGAUAGGGGGUUACGAAUGUCAAUGCAGAGUGGAGAUACUGUAUAUCCUCUUUCUUGUCCUUUCUACUAGGAAGUAAUUGAUUUUUAGAAGUGAGAAAUGAUAACAUUCUUUCCUUCAUUGUACAGAGCCAAGUACAUGAGAGCGAGCCGAGAUGGUCGUUAACAACGGUGAUUAUUUUAAGUAUCAUACAGCAUUCAAUACUCAUGAUGUCGGAAGUAAAAGAAUCAAUGUAAUGUUGCAAAGUGGAAAGGCAUUGAGGGUGUGCUCGACCAUGCUCCAUGCUACUUUUCAAUUAUGAAACAGACAUAUAGAGCACAGCCUCUUUUCAGGAUUUUUCCUGAUGACACGAUCAUUGUCUCCAUGAUGUGAGCCACAUGUCCCUGUAUAAAAGCAUGGAGAAGAUCGAAAAUUAAGAAUUCAGAAAGGAUUGAAUAUGAAUAAUCGUAACUUUGGGACAAAAAGGGCGCUAAGUCAGUAGCAAAUUCAUAGAUGUAGUGUUGCUGCCAUCUGCAAUCUAAUGUUUUUGUAAAACUAAGAUAAUUUUGUUAUGCUUUAGAUGUAUUUAUGUACUCAUUUUGAACAAAACAUCAAUAACAGAACCAACUGAUUCUUUAAUAUUUACAUUAAAUAAUAUUUAGAUAUCAAUAUAUAGCUCUUGUCGUAUAAAACAAGAAAGAUUGCUAUAUCGAAGGGAAAGCCUUACCCUCAUCUUGUACUCUUUAAUUCUUCAAACUUUUAAUUCUUCAAACCCAGCUUGUUAAAUGAACAAAGUUCAUCACCAAUGGCUUGGGAUGAAUAUAUUAUGCCUUGAAAUAUCAUAUUCAUUUUCACAUUCCUGGAUGGUUCAAUGUAUGUGUGUUUGUUCUAUUGUAGCUAACAAUUGUGUACUAUUGAUAAUUCAUAACUAAAUUAGCUCUUCUUUAGCGUACUGCUACUAAUUUGCUACACUGAUACUGACUUUUUCUCAUCAGAAAAUCCUAUUUUAUAUUAUUAAUAAUUUACUUCUGGAUAUUUUGAUGGCUCUUCUAUACCUAUUGCUCUGCAUUUUUUCUGAUGAUAUUGACUUUUUCUAAUGAGAACAUUUACCAUGUGCAGUAUCAAUGAAUUUUUUCAGAAUUAGAGUUAACUCUUCUUUGCGUACUGCUCUCAGUUUUUCUGACAAUCUUGACUUUUUAUAAGUAGAAAAUGGCAAAACUAAUUUUAGUGUCUUGAUUUUUCUUUUUCGUGUCUUGAUUAUGUUUGCAUUCUUCAUGUGAGGAAACAAUUAGAAACACAGAAUUCCACUUGUUCAGCUUGGUAUAUUACAGUGCAAUUUUGUGAUUAAGGAGCUUUGUCAAUGCAUUGUUGAUUAUCUUUUAUUUCCUAAUCAUGGUUCAACAAUUCUUAAGGAUUUAGUCUUGAAUUGUGUUGAUGAAUAAUCAGACUCCCCAAUUUUUAUUUGAAAUGCAGGUAUAAGUUCACACAGAGAACAGAGCAUUUAUUUGCAGAAAGGACUUAUGUAUAACUAAUGAGUCCUUUGAAAAAAGGCCAAGUAAUAUGUGAGAGAUAACAGGUUUAAAUGUGAUGACAUUCAUUCAUCUUCGUACAUUUUGGACAGAGGUGCCAAUAUGAUUAUUUAAUGGAGAACAUGUCUUGUUGUACUCUCAAGAUUAAGAGUGAGAUGUGGUAAUUCAGCUUUCACAUUAAUACCAAGAGGUUGUACACUUUUCUAUUUUCACACUAAGACAAAUAUUUCAUUUUCUAUUUCUUCAUGGGACACAAUUUGCAUUAUCAUACUUUCCAUGAGUAAAUAUGCAGUAAAUAUGCAGUAAAUAUGCAGUAAAUAUACUCCAUAAUCCUUUCAGUAAGAGAUGCUUUAUUUUUUCAGGCCAAACAAAAUAUACUGUUAUGUACAUAGAAGUUCUUGUAUGAAAGAAAAUAAAUUCAAAGCUGUAUGGGGAAAAAAGAAGCAUAUAUGUAAAUGCUUAAUGAUGGUAGAUAUGAGUGUCCAGCAUUUUUAAAGGCAUUACAGUUAUUUUUUAUUUUACUUUUGUUAUUUGUGAUUUCAUAACAGUCAUCUCAUUCCAUGUGUUAAAAGUAAAAAAUGUUUUAAGCCAUUACUUCAGUGUACUGUAUAUUAAGUUAAUUCAGCCU